GCUAGCCUAGCGCGGCGCGCGGUCAGUUGUGUCAAUUAUAGGCGUGGACAGAAUAUUGUGAAUGUAAAGAGUAUUUGGGGGCGUUGAAUCUCUCUUUGCCGCGAGGAGUUUUUGCGAAGGAAAGUACCAAGACGUUCCUCACACUUUUUUCCCGAAAUGGCCACUGGAAUCCGCGUUUCCUCUCUCGCGGCGGCGUUGCUCCUCCUCUGCUACAUCCAAGAAGGCCUUUCUAUUAAAUGUUGGGUCUGCAGGUCAGACUCGGAUCCGAAGUGCGCGGAUCCGUUUGACAAUUCCACAGUACCCAUUACAGACUGCAAGCAGGAGCCUGACCUGGAGCACUUGCCGGGCGUGAGACCAACGAUGUGUCGUAAAAUUCGUCAGAAAGUUCACGGGCAAUGGAGAUAUUUUCGUAGCUGCGCUUACAUGGGCGAGCCAGGGAUUGCGGGCGACGAGCGAUUUUGCUUAAUGCGAACUGGGACGUACAAUAUAUUUAUGGAGUACUGUACAUGCAAUAGCAAAGACGGUUGUAACUCGGCGCCCUACCAGUACGGGAAUUGGUACCUCUUAUUAAUCGGCCUGAUCACAACCGUCCGAUACGUAUUCGUCGUUUAAAAAAAAGUCUAGCCAAAGAUUCUUAACAGAUCUGAUUCACUGGAUAGUUUAGAUUUCUGUAACUCUUAGCGAGCUCUGUAACAUACUGGAGUGAGUGGUCUCUAAAAUUUUUUGAGUGUAAAUUCCACUCGAAUUAUGGUGUCGCUGACCAGUUCACUCUAUUGGAGUGAAUAUUUAGUGAAUUUAUUCACUCAAAGACAAAAAGUGAAGAAUUUCUUAUUUCUUAAGCGAAACUGUUACGUAAAUUAUAGAUUUUCAGGACAUCGAGAAUAGAGGAAUCAGUCCCACACAGCACAGAAAGAUUGCAGGAAGAUUGCAGAAAUGUUACAUUGCAAGAUUGCAAUAUUGCA